AUAAGAAAAUUACAAAUAGCUUCAAACUGGGUAACGACAUGUCUACAUCUUCAAUGGAAAAACACCUUUUCAAUUUAAAGUUUGCUGUAAAAGAGCUGGAACGCAAUUCAAAGAAAUGCGAGAAAGAAGAAAAACUAGAAAAGGCAAAGGCUAAAAAAGCUAUUCAAAAGGGUAAUAUGGAUGUAGCUCGCAUUCAUGCCGAGAAUGCUAUUCGACAAAAGAAUCAAGCCGUGAAUUACCUUCGCAUGAGUGCGCGUGUGGAUGCAGUUGCCAGUCGAGUUCAGUCGGCAUUGACAACACGCAAAGUCACCGGCUCUAUGGCCGGUGUGGUUAAAGCCAUGGAUGCUGCAAUGAAGGGCAUGAAUCUGGAAAAAAUCUCAUCGCUAAUGGAAAAAUUCGAAUCGCAGUUUGAAGAUUUGGAUGUACAAAGCUCAGUGAUGGAAGGCACUAUGUCUGAUACGGUGACCACAUCAGUGCCACAAGGAGAUGUUGACAAUCUCUUGCAACAAGUUGCCGAUGAAGCCGGUCUCGAGCUGAACAUGGAGCUACCCAGCGGUGUACAAAGUUCUACCAUUGGCGCCUCCACGCAAGUCUCACAGGAACAGGAUGAGCUAACACAGCGCCUGGCACGUUUGCGACAAGCUGAAUAGAUUGUUAUGGGUGCCAUUCCCUAAACAUUUCUUUCAAUCCAACGAUAAUCCCCGGAAUUUGUUUUUAUUUCUAUAAGUAUUCCAAAAUUGAUGUAAUUAAAUACCAACUCAGC